AUGCGGGCAGGGGACGUGAAGGAUCUGCUGCGGGUCCUGUGGCUGCUGAGUGAGGGGACCUUGGUGCUCGUAGCCUCCUACAAUGACCCGGCCACCAAGCUGAUGGAGGAGAGCAGGAGGAUUUUUGGGGAGCUGGGCAGCGCCGUGGCCAAAGAUUUGGGGUUCAGGGACAGCUGGGUCUUCGUGGGGGCUGAGGGAGUGCAGGACAGGAGCCCCUUUGAGCAGGAGGGGGGGAUUUCGGGGGGGUUGGAGCACAUCCGGAACAGCUGCAGCUCCAACAAAUACGAGGGGUGGCCGGAGGCGCUGGAGCUGAGGGGCUGUGUCCCGCGGCGCCCCCCGGGGGGACCCCAAAACCGCGGGGGGACUCCAAAAACACCCAGGACCCAAAACCCGUUGGAGGACCCCAAAACCACCCAGGACCCCCCCAAAAUGUCACCAAAUAAAGGCGGGGACGGGUCUGGAGUGUUUGGGGGAUUUUGGGGUCCUGCACUAUAG